GUCCCAGUCCUCCCGCUCUCUGCUGCUCCUCGUGCCUGCUCCUCGUGCCUGCUCCUGCUGCCCAGUGGCUGGAGCCCAGGUGCCGGCGGGCAGGAAGCGCCGGAGGAUGCACUGCUGGCCGCUGUUCUUGCUGUGGGGGCUGCUCCCCUGGAAAGGCGCGGGGGGCUCGGGCCGUUCCUUCCCUCACCACACAGUCCUGGACUCGGAGGGCAAGUACUGGCUGGGCUGGGGCCAGCAGGGCAGCCGGCUUGCCUUCCGCCUCGAGGUGCGCACGGCCGGCUAUGUGGGCUUCGGCUUCUCGCCCACCGGGACCAUGGCCGCAGCAGACAUCGUCGUGGGCGGUGUGACCCACGGGAGACCCUACCUCCAGGAUUAUUUUACAAAUGCAAAUAAAGAGUUGAAAAAAGAUACUCAGCAAGAUUACCACCUGGAGUAUGCCAUGGAAAACAGUACACACACAAUAAUUGAAUUUACCAGAGAACUGCAGACAUGUGACCUAAAUGACAAGAGCAUAACGGAUAGCACGGUGAGAGUGAUCUGGGCCUACCACCAGGAAGAUGUGGGAGAAGCUGGCCCCAAGUACCAUGAUUCCAAUCGAGGCACCAAGAGUCUGCGAUUAUUGAAUCCUGAAAAAAACAGCAUGCUGCCUACAGCCUUACCAUACUUUGACCUAGUGAAUCAGGACGUCCCCAUCCCAAACAAAGGUACAACGUAUUGGUGCCAAAUGUUUAAGAUUCCUGUGUUCCAGGAAAAGCAUCAUGUGAUUAAGGUGGAGCCAGUGAUACAUCGGGGCCAUGAGAACCUGGUCCACCACAUCCUGCUCUAUCAGUGCAGCAGCAGCUUCAAUGACAGUGUCCUGGACUAUGGCCAUGAGUGCUACCACCCCAACAUGCCCGACGCCUUCCUCACCUGCGAGACUGUGAUUUUUGCCUGGGCCAUUGGUGGAGAGGGUUUUUCCUAUCCACCUCAUGUUGGAUUAUCCCUUGGCACUCCAUUAGAUCCUCACUAUGUGCUUCUAGAAGUCCACUAUGAUAACCCGACACAUAAGAAAGGCUUAAUAGAUAGUUCUGGGCUAAGGUUAUUUCAUACGAUGGAUAUAAGGAAAUAUGAUGCUGGGGUGAUCGAAGCUGGCCUCUGGGUGAGCCUUUUCCAUACCAUCCCUCCAGGGAUGCCUGAGUUCCGGUCCGAGGGUCACUGUACUCUGGAAUGCCUACAGGAGGCUCUGGAAGCUGAAAAGCCAAGUGGAAUCCACGUGUUCGCUGUUCUUCUCCAUGCUCACCUGGCUGGCAGAGGCAUCAGGCUGCGUCAUUUUCGCAAAGGGGAGGAAAUGAAAUUACUUGCUUAUGAUGAUGACUUUGACUUCAAUUUCCAGGAGUUUCAGUAUCUAAAGGAAGAACAAACAAUCUUACCAGGAGAUAACCUAAUUACUGAAUGUCGCUACAACACCAAGGAUAGAGUCGGGAUGACUUGGGGAGGUCUGAGCACUAGGAGUGAAAUGUGUCUCUCAUACCUUCUUUAUUACCCAAGAAUUAAUCUUACCCGAUGUGCAAGUAUUCCAGACAUCAUGGAACAACUUCAGUUCAUCGGUGUUAAGGAGAUCUACAGACCAGUCACGACAUGGCCUUUCAUUAUCAAAAGCCCCAAGCAGUAUAAAAACCUUUCUUUCAUGGAUGCCAUGAAUAAGUUUAAAUGGACUAAGAAGGAAGGCCUCUCCUUCAACAAGCUUGUCCUUGGCCUGCCAGUGAAUGUGAGAUGUUCUAAGACAGACAACGCGGAGUGGUCGAUUCAAGGAAUGACCGCCUUACCUCCGGAUAUAGUCAGACCAUACAAAGCAGAACCUCUGGUGUGUGAAAGGUCUUCCACCUCUUUUCUGCACAGAAAUUUCUCUCUGAAGUUGCUCAUGUGUUUUACGUUACUUGGCAGCAUGCUGGGCACCGAGUGCUUGUGAUUAUGAUGCCGAUGUACUUGAUGACCCAGUGACCAGAAAACAUUCUGUGAUUUGAACCUGUCAUUUAACAUAAGGUUAAAGACUGUGUCCACUUACCUGGGCAUGAAAACUAUGGAGACUUUGGUUUCAUAUACACCCUUCAUCCCCUCCCAUGUUCUUCCCAGUCUACCUGAAGAUGUCAAUGGAGGCUCUGCUUUUCCUCAGAAGUGUCUAAUGUUCUGUACAGAUGGCCAAUAAAAUAAAACUGGCCUUACUGAGCAUGACCAUUUAAAAAGAUUGGACAGUCAUAUGGAAAGAAAAGAAAAAUUUUUGAAUUCCUUCCACCUCCAUUUUAUUUAAAUGUUCAUUGUUUCACUUGACAUUCAUGUUUCUUCUUUUUUUUUUUUAAUGCUCUCAUCAUAACAGUAUAAAAAGAAGCUUUUUGAUGAUGCCUGCUCUGGUCUCUCCACUUAUCUGCUGGUACCUCCAAACCAUCCCACACCAUCUCAAAGUACUUUCACCUCUUCUCUGCUCAGAAGUGGCCAGUUAAGGGUUUCCUUAAGCUCUGUCACUUCUAAAGAAGGAUGUUAUAAGAACUAUAAAAAUGGUAGUAGAUGACUGAGGCAGAGAAAUGACUGCAAUCCCCAUGAGCCAUGAGGGGUCCUUCAUGAAGUCCCAGAUCAAGGUAGAGCUCCACCAGGAGGCGUGAGGACUGUGUAGCUCCUCACCAGGCCCUGGGCACCUCACCCGUGCUGAACACUGGCUCAGUGUGAGUCAUGGUUGCCCUUGCAGAUUUAUUUUUAUUGCAGUUGAUAAACUAACUUUUAGUUGCCACCAGUUGAAAAUCUUGUCAUUUUCUUGGUUCAGCCAUAUCUGGUUUUAUGUCCCAUUCUUAUUUCUUAAGCUAAAUAUGUUUGGGUCCUAUUAAUGAAUUAAAAGAAAUUCAAUUUUUGUAUAGUACCUCAUGCACUCCUAGAGAGAAGCAGGUGACUCCAUCUGAUGUUGUCAGUUAAUUCAAUGGAGAAUGUUGCAUUUUUCCACCCUACUCUUAAUCCCUUUCUGACCCACAUAAAAUGUCAACAUAAAUGGUAUUGUAUUUUCAAUAAAUAUGUUUUGGAGUGUUUUCUUCUUGAUUCUUAAACUUUGUGCAUUUUAUGAAAUGCUUGAAAUAUGUUUAUGAGAUAUAUUUUGUAGUUACCUUUACUUUUUUAUUGUAUGAAACUGUAUCAUUUGGGUUUUCCAUCCAAAUAGUUGUAUGAGAAAUAUGACCAUCCCAGAUGUCCUGUAUUUGAAAUUUUAUGUUUAUUUUAGAAUUUCUGAAUUUGUGGUACCAAAGUCAAAGGAUUUUCAUUGGGAAUUAAAUAAUAUUGUGUUUGUUUUCAUUGUUCUUGGUACAGAGGGUGAAUAUUCCAACAAUAAAAGGGAAAAGAGCUUUGGAAGUUUGCAUUUGUGGAGCCAGCCAAAGCCUAUUUUCCACUGAUGUAACUAAGAAGAAAGUUGGCUUUCUUUUUUUCCUGGGGAUACUCAUGAAUAUCUAUGGUUUUGAGCAACUGACUCUUUAUUUGAAAUGAGGAUAGGUCAUUUGUUGGAAUUCUGUGGAGCUUCCAUUAUAUGCUAAGAUGUUGGCUCUUACACUGAGCAGACCUUCCUGACCAUCUCAGGCUUCUUAUAAAGACUUUGUGUUGCUGUCUUGGAUUCAGUCAGAUCACCUGCUUCCUAAGAGUAUCGGUCAGGAGUGCCUGAAUCCUGAGGAGAAUGGACUCUCCACGUAUCCUGGUACCUGGUUUGAUCCUGAGAUGCAGAAAGGCGAGGGAGACAUUUUUAAAGUCAGCAUCCAUCAAGGUUGAGGAUGCCUUGGGUGAUCACUUUUAUAAAGGUGAUUGAAGCAAUUUCAAAGGAAUCCUAGUAGCUACAAGAGUGACUCAGUCAACAAAGGCGGACACGUUAAGAGAUUUGACAUUUAUCCUAAUGAACGUUUGAAAGCAGUGUGUAAUUUCACUGGACAAUUUACUCAACCAAAUUCUUAUUGGACAUAAAGACCUUUUCUAGUUUUUCAAAAUGAUAAGUAUUGCUAACAUUCUUAUAAUAAAAAUGUUCUGGUAUCUCCAAGUA